UGAAUAGAUAAUGCCUCGUGCAGUUCUCAGUGGGGUAUGAUUAUUACACAUAUCCCAACAUAGCCUCGGCACAUCCCGGGCACAUCCCCAUCUUUCUCUCGACGUUCUUUCUUUCCCAUUGCGACUUGUACUCGUAGCUCAUUCCUCGAAUUUCGUUUGGGCGUAUCGCCACAGAUUCGGAAGUUUUCGAUGACGGAACCUUUCCACUGGAACUCGAUGGUUCAGUGGCCCGACUCAGAGGCAGUUUCGGAGUUUUCUUCAACGCCCUUUCCACAAGUUUUGACUCAACUCCAAGAGGACCAUGACUCACAUCCGAAGUUUCCUUCGAUGCCUUUCUCACAAAAUUUGAGCCCUCCGUUGAAUGAGGACUACAAUAUGUUUUUAAAGCCUACUUUGAUGCCUUUCUCACAAGUUUUGACCUCUCCUUACGAAGAGGACUACAGUUCACAUUCACAACCUGCUUUGAUGCCUUUCUCACAAGUUUUGACUUUGCCAACAAAUGAACAAGAGGAUCCUAUGCUGGCCUCUACCUGCACUGAAGUUUCAACUAUAUUCUGCCUGUCUGCAAGAUACUGGAUUCCAUGCUUUGAUUCCAAGCUACCUCUCGAGCAUGAAAAACUCUGAUCCAGUAGUUCAUGUUCCAGAAUCAUCCUCAAGAUUGAAUAUCAUUCUUCAUGCCAUCUACAAUAUGCCUUGCAGCCAUUUCUCU